UGAUAGGUGAGAAGUGGAAUUAUUUAGGGAGGUACGCAUUCCUUAGAAAGUGGUCUGUCUCAAAAGGUGAGAGCGGCCCUGAAAUACAGGGUGGUUACUUUUCAUGGGCCGGGUGGUUUCAUAGGCUAACAAGUAGGAGGGUUGUUCCAACUUUUUCAGGGGAAGGGCAGGGGCCUCGGAACUGUGGGGCCUGUGGGUGUGUCAUUUAGCUGAUGUACUACAGUGAAUAUAUAAUGAGGCUCGGGGACGGGGUGGGGGGGGGGUGUCUUCCACCAUCUUGGGCGUAGUUGGUCCUAACCAGUUUUUGUCAUAUCUGACAUCUGUGUUGUUCCUUAAGGAUUGUGCUCUGCCCCCUCCCCUCCUGGUUUCCAGUCCCUCCCAGGAGGGCGUGCACUGCCUAAAGAUGUAUCUGCUGCACCUAAAUAUACCUGGUUACUUUCUUACCUGAGAAAGAGCGUAUCAGAAACUCCGCUUCCCCAGUGCUGCUGGCGGUACAUGUUCGCCUGGCACUUGUUGCUGUUCUGAAGGGUGGAGUGUGGUCUCCUUGCUCCUGUAAUUUCAUACACUUAUUCAGCAAACAUUGAGCCACUGGCUGCUCUGCUGGGGCAGGAAGGGGGGUGUGAGAACGACGAGGCAGAGGACCCCAAGGGGGCUCAGGAGGGGCCUCAGCGAGAGGGUGACAUGGCCAAGCACCAGCCGAGGGGCAGGAGCCACCCCAGCCAAGGGGGGGCCCGGGCAGGGCUGAGCAGUCUGAGGAACAGUGUAGGGGCGAGGUGAGGGUGGCCUUGGAGCCGAGAACAGUCACUGUGUUCCCAUGGCGGGGCAAGACAGGACGGUCUGCCGAGGGCCCAGGUUCUGGAUCAUGUGCAGGUGCCAGAUCAGCUGGGGCAGAACUGGGUGGAGGGCGGGGUCGGUGUUUGAUGUUCAGUGUCUGAGAUGCUAGAGGACACCCACGUGGAGAUGCCCAGUGGAGGGAAGGAGGUCACCAGUUCAGCACACCAAAGGGAGCCCCUGGACCCCACUGGACAUUCAGGCCUGUGCAGCAGGAAGCAGCUCAGGUCACAGACACGGGCUCGGGCAGGAGCUGGCCUGGCCCAAGGCCUCGUGGCCGGCCACCAGCACCCACUGGGGAGGCUGUGAAUGGGGCGCCUGUGGGUGCUCAGUAUUGGGUCCUGGCCCAGGUACGGUCAUCCCGUAGCGCAAAUGACUGUCCACCUCUGCUGGGUUCCCAGAGGACCAGAGCUGUGCCGUUAACAAAGGUCGGUAUCCGGUUUUGGGUGAAUUCUGGGGUACUUUUAUUCACUCCUUGAAUUCUAAUCGAAGACUCCGGUUGGAAUUCUGAUUAGAGCCAUGUUGCCUUUACACGCACAGACGCGCGCGCACCCACGUUUGGGGGGUGGGCAUUCCCGGGGGACGGAGGGGUGGGCAGUGAGAGCCGGCCUCGCCCCGCCAAGGCUCCUGCUACCCAGAGGCAGCCACGGUCUCGGGUUCAGUGUGUAUUUUCCCGAAAGUUGUGUGUGUGAACGUGCUCAGCCACUGGGCGUCUUACAAAGAAAGUGAGGUGGUGGGUCCCUGACUUGCUCCCCCAGAGGCCCACAGUGUGAGGUGAAGCGUCCUGCUUGGUGAGGUGCCUGCCUGAGGGGGUUGACCUCAUUCUUGCGUCAUUUUUCCCCGAGCAAUCUGCCUGCUGGGCUUCUGUGUCCCUGUUGCGGACCCUGGACUCGGCCUCCAGAUGAUGUCAGCCCCAUCGCCCUGCCAGGGGAGCUCUUGGCACCCCCCUUCUGUCUGGCAGUUGGGGUGUGACAGAUAGCUUACUUGGCCUGGCAUUUCCCCAGAACCUGCCCACCCUCGGGCCUCCCUGUCAGGUGCUCAAACCAAAUCCCUGGGUCACUCUGGACUCCCACCAGAACCCGACCCCCGCUGGAGCCGCCACCGGGGCAGGACCAGGCGUGGUCAGGGCAUCGGUGAGCCCACAGAAGGGCUGUGGUCAAGCCAGGCGUGCAGGGCCUGGCAUGGGGUCCCCACAGGAGUGCGGCCCUGGCAGGACUGUCCACGCCCAGCAUCUCUGGAGGCAGCCAGGCCCGGUGCCUCCCUGGAUGACAGCUUGGCUCCUGUGAGGACACGCUCACCCGGCCCUGUGCGCGCACUGCAGGCCGUGCCAGUCCCACAGGCUCCUCCAAUUUCCAUCUUCCUCAGAGACCCCAGGGACCCGGUGAUGGCAGCGGCCAGGCUCCUACCGCCACCAGCGGUGCCCCAGGCCAAGGUGACCUUCGAGGACGUGGCCGUGCUCCUCUCCCAGGAGGAGUGGGACCGCCUGGGCCCUGCUCAGCGGGGCCUCUACCGACACGUGAUGAUGGAAACCUAUGGGAACGUGGUCUCUGUGGGAAUUCCAGGAUCCAAGCCCGAGGUGAUCUCACAGCUGGAGCGAGGAGAGGAGCCGUGGGUCCUGGACAAACAGGGAAAUGAGGGGCGCCGGGGCCUGGGCACUGGCCACUCAGACAACUUCACGUGCGACCACAUGACAGCUUGUGUGCAACGAGACGGCACGUCCUGUCCCCGGGGAUGUGAGAACCAGGAGCAGGACCAGGACCGAGACUUGAGCCUGAGACCGCUCACUUCAGAGGAGAUAUCGAUGAUUCUGAGGAAAACCCCCACCGAGUGGGGCGACCAGGGAAGCUACGAACCCGAGGAGAGCUGCUGUCUGAGUCCCGGCCACGCUGGCCCCCCUGAAGGCCGGGCCUUGAGUCAGGGCGUGCCUGGCGCUCAGCGACCAGCCGUUCGUGGCGGGGAGAGACCCUACCGGUGCGUGGAGUGUGGGAAGUGCUUUGGGCGGAGCUCCCACCUCCUCCAGCACCAGAGGACCCACACCGGGGAGAGGCCCUACGUGUGCGGUGUGUGCGGCAAGGCCUUCAGCCAGAGCUCGGUCCUCAGCAAGCACAGGAGGAUCCACACGGGCGAGAAGCCCUACGCGUGCCACGAGUGUGGAAAGGCCUUCCGCGUGAGCUCAGAUCUCGCUCAGCAUCACAAGAUACACACGGGGGAGAAGCCACACGAGUGUCUCGAGUGUCGCAAGGCCUUCACGCAGCUCUCCCACCUCCUCCAGCACCAGCGCAUCCACACCGGGGAGAGGCCCUACGUGUGCGGCGUGUGCGGGAAGGCCUUCAACCACAGCACCGUGCUGCGCAGCCACCGGCGCGUGCACACCGGGGAGAAGCCGCACGCGUGCGCGGAGUGCGGCCGUGCCUUCAGUGUGAAGAGGACGCUGCUCCAGCACCAGCGGGUCCACACCGGGGAGAAACCCUAUGCCUGCGGCGAGUGUGGCCGUGCCUUCAGCGACCGCUCCGUCCUCAUCCAGCACCACAGCGUGCACACGGGCGAGAAGCCCUACGAGUGCAGCGAGUGCGGCAAGGCCUUCCGGCACCGCUCCACCCUCCUGAACCACGAACGCAUCCACACCGAGGAGAAGCCCUACGGCUGCUACGCAUGCGGCAAAGCCUUCGUGCAGCACUCCCACCUGACCCAGCACCAGCGGGUCCACACUGGCGAAAAGCCCUACGUGUGCAGCGAAUGUGGCCAUGCCUUCAGUGCCCGCAGGUCCCUGGUCCAGCACCAGCGGGUCCACACGGGCGAGAGGCCAUUCCGCUGUGCACAGUGCGACAAGGCCUUCAGCCUGAAGGCCACGCUGAUCGUGCACCUGAGGACCCACACAGGCGAGAGGCCCUACGAGUGUAGCCGCUGUGGCAAGGCCUUCAGCCAGUACUCGGUGCUCGUGCAGCACCAGCGCAUCCACACAGGUGAGAGGCCCUAUGAAUGUGGGGAGUGUGGCCGUGCUUUUAACCAGCAUGGCCACCUGAUCCAGCACCAGAAGGUACACAGGAAGCUGUGACCUUGGCCGCACUCAAAGCUGCACUUGGGAACUUGGGCACCCACAGCCCCAGGAAGCCUCCAGUCCAAGGGAGGUGCCCGUCACCGUCACCAAGUGUCACUGAGAAACUCAAGGAAAGCACUGACAUGUCUCUGGAAGAACUUCAGAGGAUGCCUCUUUCGUUCCUCUCAACUUCUUAAGGUCACACUGCAGAGUAAUUACACAAUUAUAGAGAAUUUUGGUGAAGACAGUUACAAUUCAUUCUUUAACAUUAGUUUAUCAGAAGUGAGGAAGUAGAGGAAGUUACAGCAUAAGGAUUACUGUCACGUUAAAACUUCCUUACACUCCAAAUAAAGGUUUUUUUCUUAGAACAUUAUAUGCCUUUCCUAAAUUCAAUGACUGUUCCGAUUAUUGCACUUAAAAUUAGAAUGUUGGACUAUAUUUUCAGUAUUCUGUUAAGCACUACAAUGUUGUGUGGAUAAAAUGAUUACAAAAAAGAUUGUCACCAAGUGUCGUAAUGUAUUAUGGCUGAAAGUCCUGUGUGUGUGGAACCACUUGUUUUGUAUGAAAACCGGGUGGCAGGGGGGUGGGGGGGCAGGACUCUAAAGAUUAAUUAGUGAGAAAUGAUGUAAAUUUAGAAAACCGUUUAUCUAGUCCUUUAACUUUUCAAGAUCAGAAGGGAUGUCCUAACUUACUUAUUAGUGAAGAUUCAACUCAAAAAUGGAUCUUUUCCUCAAAACCUGUGCACAGAAAUCAUGGGAUAUCUUGGGCUUCUGGGCCCAUUUAGGCUUAGGAGGCCUCUUCGCACUCAGAGCCCAGACCUCACAGCUGCUAUACCACAUGGGUGCCUCUUUAUACACUAUGGUGUUUGUUUACCAAAAAUAGUGUUACUAAAAAGACAGUUCUUUGGCACAUACUUUUAAAACAAUAUUCUCAAAUAGCUUUUUGUUUACUCUUUCUGAUAUUUCUAUUCCUAUGACUGAGGU